UUAUUUCUUUCUUUCUUCUUUAAUUAACUCGCCAUAGAAAUGUGGUGAAGAUGAAGUUAUUGGCAUCAUUUAUACUUUAGUAUUUAUUUAAUAUAUCUUUCCUGGGUCCUUAGGCGACUGCUUACUUCACUUAUAAUGGUAACCAUUGAUUCCUUACUAUGAAAGUCAAUAGUUACCGGUUUCCAACAUUCUUUGAAACAUCUUCUUUUGUGUUGAACAGAAGAUAGAAAGUCAUACAGGUUUGAAAAAGGCAUAUUGUGAAUUAUUUUGGGGGGUGAUUAGAUUUUUCUCCAUUUUAUUAGUUUGACCUCCAUUUUUGAUUCGUGUUCAUCUUUUUAUAAAAUGGGCCCCUCGCGAGAGUAAUAGCAGCUCCGGUGGUGAAGGAGUUACCGGCUGGAGAGAGGCGGAGCCGCGGCGCGCGACCUGUUCUUUUCCGGGAAACGAGCGGUGCGGGCUCUGGAGGAAGUGAGCGCGCAUGCGCGUUCUGGUCUGGGUGGAUUUGGGGACCCGGACUAGCGAACAGGGCGGCGUUUCUAUGGUGAAGCAGCUUUUUCAUGCGCCACAUGGAGCAGAUUACGUCGCAUCUUCUGCUACUGCCUUUUUACCGAGAGAAAAAUUCGUAAUUACGACCUUCCGCCGAUCAAAACCAGCCUCUUUUGGAGCCUUUAUGUAACGACCUGGAAUAUUCUUAGCGAACAAUAGGGUAGCAUUCCAACCUUCGUCUCUGCAAAGGCGCCUUCCACCUCAAAACUGUGUGAAUAUCCUGCAAAGCAGCUCGUUUGAAGCUUAUAUUUAGUGACCUGCAAUAUUUUACCGAACAUUCUGUUAACGUUAGCAUUCAAGCGUCGUCUUCGGAAAUGCGUCUUCCUCCCUAAAACGGUCCUAUCUGUGUGUAUCUCCGGUGUCUCUUCCUCCAGCGGGUGUGCAGGUCUGAUGAAGCGGCCGAUGGUGCGCUCCUCCCCGGUCAGUUCAUCACUCUUUCCCCCGAGGCAGAUCUGAAGUUCAUGUUCCGCCAGGAGGUCGGCGUCCUGUCCUUCAUUCCGUCUUGUUCCUACCUUUUCCAAUACGAGCAGAGGAACAUGUCUCGGUAUAAUAUCUACAGCCUGCUGGACUGGAUGUACGGCGGUGUGGACCCCAUGUUUGAGGGCAACGGAGGGCCCGAGUGCGCCGCCUUCAUCAGCCCGCGACAGAGGCUAUUAGAGACGCUGAUAAUCGUCUUUUUCUCGGUCCUGGAGGUGUUGCUGGCCCUCAAGAAGCUCAGCUUCCCGAAGGAGGUCAGGGAUGUGGGGAAGGACGGCCGGAGGAAUAACGUUAAGGUGGACAGCUGGGGCAAGAACCUGUUGCUCGUGGCUCUCUGCAUGACUUUUGGGGUUGAGGUUGGAUUUAAGUUCGCCACGAAGACCGUCAUCUACCUGCUCAACCCGUGCCAUGUGGUCACUAUGGUGCAGAUCUUCCUGCUCGCGUGUCCGCCCUCUAAGACGGCGAUGGUUAUCUUCAGACUUCAGGUCCACAUGCUGAACGGGGCCCUUCUAGCUCUUCUCUUCCCAGUGGUCAACACUAGACUGCUUCCGUUUGAGAAAGAGAUCUAUUACAUUCAACACUCCAUGCUGUAUCUUGUGCCAAUCUACCUCUUCAGAAAAGGAGGUGUGUAUAAGCCGGAGCCGCUCUCAGACAUGUGGUGGGCUCUGCUGUCUACAGGAAUCCUCUUCCUCUACCACUUUGUGUUCCUGCAGGGUCUGGGAAUGCUGACAGAAGUGAACCUGAACAACAUGCUGUGUCCUGCGGUGUCGGACCCCUUCUACGGGCCGUGGUACAGGGUCUGGGCGACGGCCCACCAGACGGCGCUGACUCUGGUGCAUGGGAAGACCCUGACGGUUCUGUCGCAGCACAGCGGCUCGGCCUGCAGGCUUCUGCUGGAUUCAGCUCGACUGCGCAGCAAGAAGGUGGACUAGAGCUCCGGCUGCAGCCUUACACGGACAAAACCUCAACAAUACGGCCCAUACUGCAGUACACGGAGCCAAUGCUGCUGCCGCUGCUGUCAAAAGUACCACUCUGUACUGUCAUCUCAAACUCAUAAUGAUCAUCCCAUUCACGACCAUUCAUUUCACACAAACAGAUAAUAAUAAUAGAUUUCUGCUAACAUUUGAGUGGGUUCUUAAAGGGCUAGUUCACCAGAAAAUGUUAACUGGCAAACGCUCAAUAGGUGUAACACUGCAAAAAACGCUUUUCUUACUGUCUCGUUUUAGUGCAAAUAUCUAAAAAUUAUUAAAUCAAGGAUAUUUUCAAGACAAUUAAAAAAAAUUUCUUUGUUUUGAGAAAUUAGUCAGAAUUAAGUGUUUGUUUUUUAUAUAAAACAAGCAAAAUAAUCUUGUUUUACUGUUAAAAUAGGAUUAUUUAGCUUCCCCCAUUGGCAGAUUAUUUUGACUUCAUUUUGACUCAUUAUUUCUGAAGACAACACGAUGUGUUUUGCUUGUCUAGAAAAUGCAUCUUGAUUUAACAAUCUUUAGAUAUUUAGACUAGAAACAAGACAAAAACGGCAAUCCUUUUAAAGUAGUGUAAUGGCAACAGGUGUUUUUCUUCAUCAAACUUUUGACAUUUAUUUUAAAACUUAUGUGCUCAUGUUUAUGAUCCAAAUGAGCAUUUUUGCACUGCAAAAGAAACAAUGCUUUACUGAUGCCGAGUUCAGACUGCUGGAUUUUGAAAGUCGUCGUGUCACAGAUGUGUUCACACUGCUUGACCAUCUGGGCUUGCGUUCUGUCGCUGCUUUGUUUACACUGCAAGAAGGAUCGGCGACAUGGACAUUCACAUUGCAUGACUUUACUAUAGGAAGAAUCGCCGACAACUUCGUCCAAACUACGUCUCACAGCCAAAAACACGUGGUAUUUCUUUUGUUAUUAACUACAUAGCGAGAAAGAAGCCUGUAAUGGGGUUGAAAAUGUACAUAUGUGCUCACCUGGGUUUAAAGGGAAUUAGCCAUUUCUCCUCAACUUUUUUUUUUUAUCUUUCAGUAUGAAA